AUGAGGAAGCACCUCGGCUGGUGUUUGGCCAUCGCCUGCGUCCUGCUCCUCUGCCAGGUCCCCGCCGCGCAGGCGAGGGGCAUCAAGCACCGAAUCAAGUGGGGGCGCAAGGCGCCGCCCAGCACCCCGCAGGUCACCGAGGCCCGCGUGGCCGAGAUCCGGCCCGGCGCCUUCAUCCGCCAGGGCCGCAAGCUGAACCUCAACCUGGGCGGGGAGGACAAGCGCUACUACGACGCCAACUACUGGCAGUUCCCCGACGGCAUCCACUACAACGGCUGCUCCAGCGCCAACGUGACCCGGGAGAAGUUCAUCAGCGGCUGCAUCAACGCCACCAGGGCGGCCAACCAGGAGGAGCUGAGCCGCGAGAAGGACCGGCUGUACCAGCGCGUGCUGUGGCGCCUGGUGCGCGAGCUGUGCGCCGUCAAGCACUGCGACUUCUGGGCCGAGCGCGGCGCCAGCCGCGGCCGCCCGCUGGCCGCCGAGCCCUGCGUGCCGCUCGGCCUGGGGCUGCUCCUGUGGCUCCUGGGGAAGUAG